CAAUUAUCUCUUUCUCCAUCUUCGAUUUCUUCCUUAUAAAAACAAACAUAUCUCAUUGAUUCAUCUAUCACAACAACAUCAACGUUAAUCAUUCAUUCACUCAUGGCCGACAAAACCAACAAACCUCUUCACAUUGUCAUGUUCCCAUGGCUAGCCAUGGGACACAUGUACCCAUGUUUCCAUCUCUCCAAAAUCCUCGCACAAAACAACCACACUACCACACUCAUUUCCACUUCUUCAAUCAUAGAUCGCCUCCCUAAACUCUCACAAUCCCUCUCACCUUUCAUCAACCUCAUCAAACUCCCAUUAUCACCUCACAUAGACAAAGACAAUCUCCCCACAAACGCUGAUUCCACCUCCGACAUCCCCUCCGACAAACUCUAUUACCUUAAACUUGCCUUCGACUCUCUUCAAAAUUCUGUUAUCAAUAUCCUCAAAACCACGAAACCCGAUUGGGUUUUCUACGAUUUCGCAGCUAGUUGGUUGCCGAAACUAGUGAAUGAUUUGAACUUGAACAUUUCUUGUGCUUAUUUUAGUCCUUGUCCUGCAUGGACUAUAUGUUUCUUUGACACACCAAGACAACAACUUGGCGACAAUGUUUCAUCCAUUAGGAAAGACCCUGAAGAUUACUAUGGUCCUCCUAAAUGGGUUUCUUUUACGACGAAAAUUGGUUUGAAAUCUUAUGAGGUGAGAAAGUUACUUGAAGAUAUCAAAGUGAAUGAAACCGGGGCUUCCCCGGUUUUUGAUAUAAACCGAGCGAAUUCGGAUUGUGAUAUGUUUGUUAUAAGAAGCUCAAGGGAUCUUGAAGGUGAAUGGUUAGAUUUUGUUGGUGAGUUUUACAACAAGCCUGUGAUUCCGGUUGGAUUGCUUCCGCCGAUAGUAGAUUCUUCUGAUGAGAAAGAGGAUGAUAGUUCCGAUUGGAUUCGAAUCAAGGAAUGGUUGGAGACACAAAAGGUUUCAUCUGUUGUUUAUAUUGCUUUUGGGAGUGAGGUGAAAUUGAGUCAAGGAAGUUUGAAUGAGUUGGCUCUUGGGAUUGAGGAUUCUAAGUUACCUUUCUUUUGGGUUUUGAGGGAUUUGAGAAAUGGUUAUGUGGAGUUACCUUAUGGGUUUGAGGAUAGGACAAAGGGUCAAGGUUUGGUUUGGAAGAGUUGGGCUCCACAAGCUAAGAUUUUGGGGCAUGAUUGUGUUGGUGGUUGUUUGACUCAUUGUGGUUCUGGUUCUAUGAUAGAGAAUCUUUACUUUGGGCAUGUUCUUGUUAUGUUGCCUUUUUUGUUGGAUCAAGGUUUGUAUGCAAGAGUGAUGCAAGAAAAGAAAGUGGGGAUUGAGGUUGUGAGGAAUGGGGAAGAUGGGUCAUUUACAAGGGAGGCAGUUGCUAAGGCCUUGAGGUUUACUAUGGUGGAUGAAGAGGGAAGUGAUUAUAGGAAGAAUGCUAAAGAGAUUGGGAAGAAAUUUAGUAACAUGGAGCUUGAUAAGCAAUAUGUUGAAAACUUCAUUUCUUCACUUCACAAACACAAGUCAUAGGAAUGUUUGGAAAGUAUUUGUAUAAAUUCAUUUAUCACACACCUAUUUUUUAGUUUGAAAUAAACAUCUUUGUUUCAACUUGUUGACUUGAACUUGUUUUUGUGCCAAUGUAUUGGAUUAGAGAAAUAUGUUAUGGUAAGUAGAUAAUAGCUUAAUUUCUCAAAAAGAAAUAAAGGGCUAUAUUACAAUAGUUUUUGUAUAAAAUACUCCUUGGGCACCUAGGGAUACAAAUUAAGUUCACCUUGUUUGAACACCCCUGAGGCUGAGCUAAUAAACAAGCAACAAAUUCAUCCUCAAUAGAAUCAAAAAUAAAUUCCACGAAUCAAAGGGACUAUGGUCGAAAUAACUACA